AUGCAGUAUGCUGCUGCAGCGCGGAUCCCUCUCAUUAAAUCUCCGAGUCUCAGGGUACCUCGGCCGGUAGUACGCCCUCCAGAUAUUCACCCACUGCCUGACGAUGUAACCGCAUACUUCGUCUACCCAUUCACGCUCGAGCCGCAUGUGCUGAGACUGGAGGACUCGCGACGGGCAACACUCGCUGCCCACGCUGCUCGUCGCGAGGCGUACCUCAAGUCCCGCGAAGAGGAGAAGGAGCGCCGCAAACGAGAGGCGUUGCAUAGAAUUGCACCAGGCUUCGAGCCUCAAGGAUCGCCACUCGUCCCUCUCAAGAGAUCAUCGAUGGGAUACAGCUCGCCGUCUGCAGUACCAGAUGAUGCAGAAUACGGUCAUACCAAAUCUGUCAUGGAGGAUCUUGUAGACCAUCUGGCUGCACUGGAUACGGAUACGUAAACUCCCUCUGCAACAUGUUCCUUCGCUCGUUUGUCUUAUUUUGCAAUCGCCUUUCCUGCACACCAGCUAGUGCUGUCCUUAUGUCUCGUAGUAUAAUCUACAUAAUUCAGAGUUUACAUAAUUCGAAUCACCGUCC